CUUUUUUUGUGACGUUUGUGUAAGAUUCUUAAAAAGGCUUCUUGUUCCUGUUCUUCCUUCCCUGGAAAAAAAUGGACCCAAGUGCAACGACGUCAAGUCCCCGGCAGCCGUUCACGGCGGGCACGGCAACCGCGAAGAAGAAAAAGAAGAAAACAACAGCAGAAUCCCUCAGCCAUGACGUCCUGUGCAUCAUCUUCUCCUUUCUCGACUUAUUCCAGCUUAUUCGCUGCUCCGCCGUUUCCACUUCUUGGAGAAAAGCCAUAAAUAAAUUAAAAUUAAAUCAAACAGAAUACUGCAAGCAACGGUAUAAUGAUCCUAAUGGCCUCCAGGACGCUUCUUCCUCUCAGAGAUCAUUGAGUGAACAAGCAGAGCAACUAGCUAUGGAACGACACGCAUUGGCUUUACAAAGAGCUCCAGCUAGUGUUAAUCAAUGGAAAGGUCAUUCAGUUGGGGUUAAUCAGUGCAGAAUGAAGAUGGGAAAAGUCCUUACCGGUGUGGGUGACAAGGUUGUUGGUUUGGUUGGCACCCGUAUAUGCAUCUGGAAUCGUACGGAGACAAGAAAUGUAUUUUCCUCACGUGAGAACUUAUUUACAAAGGGCCUCUGUAUGCGUUAUGUAGAUCCGGAAGCUGUGAUUGGAUGUGAUGAUGGAAAGGUUCGUGUAUUUGACCUAUACAGCAGAAAGUGUUCCCAAAUAAUAAAGUAUGAUUCUGUUUCAUACCUACUUUAAAUGCUUUGUGCACUAUAUAAAAAGGUUAAAACGGUUUUCCCCUGGAUCAUUCAUUGCCUCUCUUUGCACACGUGCACAUAGACAAUAAGCUGUUUUGGGACGCUAAUCUAUGUUAUAAUCGCUUUAUAGUGAACAUGAAAUUUAUGCUUCUGUCUGGUAAUUUUAUAUCCUAAGGAACUCCCUUUGGCAGGAUUGCCCUUCUUUGUCCGCGCUCAGAACCUAUAAAAGAAAUAAUUAGGAAGGAGAAUGAGAUAGGAAGCUGUCAAGCUGAUGUUUACCUUCUCUGUAAUGUGUAGUGUCUUUUAUCAACAAAAUUGGAAACUAGCAUAAGCAAUCAAUUCACUCAAGGAUCAUAUCAAUAUCAGCUAAUUAUAG